CUUACGCUUAAACCGCAAUCGUCAUUUGUGAUUUAUUCUAAAUUCCUCCAAAUUUCCUUCCAUUCAUUUUGCCACAUUUCCCCCCUUUUCUUUCUCCACAUUUUCUCUCUCGUUUUAACUUUGCAUUUUUCUCUCCAAUCUUUCUGCUCCUUAGGGUUUGCCUCGUGGAGACAAAUGAUGAGGCCUAUGGAUCCUCAUUCUUUGCUUAACUCCAACAACAACAACAACACCGUCAACCAUAUCUGAGAAUAUCAUUUUUUUGGAGGAAAACUAUAUAUAUAUAUAUCCGAGAGAGGGGUAAAGCAGGCUUUAGGCGGUUUUCCGUACGGCGGCGAAGGGAAAUGAGCGCCUCCAGAUUCAUAAAAUGUGUAACCGUCGGCGACGGCGCGGUCGGCAAGACUUGCUUGCUGAUUUCCUACACCAGUAAUACUUUUCCUACGGACUAUGUGCCGACUGUUUUCGACAAUUUCAGUGCAAAUGUUGUUGUGGAUGGUAACACUGUCAACUUAGGUUUAUGGGAUACUGCCGGUCAGGAGGAUUACAAUAGAUUAAGACCACUGAGCUAUCGUGGGGCUGAUGUAUUUAUUCUUGCAUUUUCUCUCAUCAGCAAGGCCAGUUAUGAAAACGUUGCCAAGAAGUGGAUUCCUGAAUUAAAGCAUUACGCACCUGGUGUUCCAAUAGUACUUGUUGGAACUAAGCUUGAUCUUCGGGAUGAUGAACAAUUCUUUAUAGACCAUCCAGGUUCAACGCCUAUAUCCGCAGCUCAGGGAGAGGAAUUAAGGAAACAGAUAGAAUCCCCUUCCUACGUCGAAUGUAGUUCAAAAACACAGCAGAAUGUGAAGGCAGUCUUUGAUUCAGCGAUUAAGGUAGUGCUCCAGCCUCCGAAAAAAAUUAAGAAGAAAAAGUCAUAUGUUGGUUGCUCGAUAUUAUGAUCACUGGAACAUUCCAGUCUGACGAAGAUGGAGGACCUGUCGGCUUCUCGCGACUCGUAUCUCUUCUCACUGUCAAAUUUUUGGGUUCUUUUUAUUCAAGGAAAGCAGUAAGCCCAUCAUGUAUAGUCUCAAUUCUUAAACUGAAAUUUUAGGGAUUUCUGUGAAAGCAUCAGCAGGUGGUAUGUUUUGUGUUUUACUUCAUUUUUUUUAUAAUUUAUUUUAUAUAUACAUACAUUUCUUGUUAAAUGAAUUUUUUUUUAUGUUUUGAUGACAAGCAUUUCUUGUUUACCAUACACGCCUCUUCUGCUUUUCAUGGUUAA